UAUUAUUCAAGAAGAAUGCCAAUUUCAAACCAGCUAUAUGUACCCCAAUGACUUCCCCCCAGUUUACCGGAAGUUGAUAACGCGCCACAGCACAGCAAGGCAUGGUCUGAAUUUUCAGAAAUUAUCCGUAAAUGGCAAACAACAGAGUAUUGCAAUGGGCAACGUUUGCUCGCACAUGGUGGAUAUAUGAUGCUAACUGCCAGUGCCCCCUCAAGUCAGCCAAAGUCCUGGUGCCCCAUCUCCAGGGGAAGCACAAGCCGAUAUAUCACCCACUGAGUGAUAUCGGUGACCAUGUUGUUGUCAUUAACACAAAGCACAUCGCCAUGAAGGGAGACUACUGGAGGAAGUGGCGGUAUCAUCAUCACACAGGGCAUGGGGGCGGCUACACUGCCACGUCAGCAUGGAGACUACACCAGCUGGAUGCCACAAAGGUCGUGUACAAAGCUGUGUACAGCCGUCUCCCCGGCAACCUGCUCAGACACACCCUGAUGAGGAGACUGCAUCUUUUUGAAGAGGAGAAUGUCCCUGAGGAGAUCCUGGCAAAUGUUACCGGUCAGAUCCGUCAAGUGAUGCCGGUGCCAAAACGAUAUGAUGAAUACACAGAGGAGGAAAGGAGAACAUUCCCAAGACUGUUUGACUGGCCUGAAGAUCAUGUACUGGACCUCGGCAAGAAGAAGAAUGACCCAGUGUAGUGGGAGCUGUCAUGUAGGAUAUAACUACAAGGAAAUGUGGACACCUUGCGGCUGAAACAUGGAUACAGAUCCCCUUGGUCCGUCUGAGUGUCUAGUGGGGUGUGGACGUAUGCAGCAUAUAUGACACAUUGAUUGUGACUGUGAUAACCCCUCUGAAAACAUGUGGACCUUGUGUGGAAUCUUAUAUGUCAUAUUCAUGUGCGUGUUUGUGUGUAGAAAUAACUGAGAAACUGUAUGUGUGUUAUAGUAAAUAAACCAGAUGUUGACAUGUUACAAGAAGCUGUGUGUGUGUUAUAGGAAAUAAACCAGCUGUUUACAAGGCGUCCUUGCAAGAAGCUGUAUAUGUGUUAUAGGAAAUAAAACAGCUGUUUACAAGGCGUCCUUGCAAGAAGCUGUAUGUGUGUUAUAGGAAAUAAAACGGCUGUUUGCAAGGCGUCCUUGCAAGAAGCUGUGUGUGUGUUAUAGGAAAUAAACCAGAUGUUGACAUGUUACAAGAAGCUGUGUGUGUUAUAGGAAAUAAAACAAUUGUUUACAAGGCAUCCUUGCAAGAAGCUGUGUGUGUGUUAUAGGAAAUAAACCAGAUGUUGACAUGUUACAAGAAGCUGUGUGUGUUAUAGGAAAUAAAACAAUUGUUUACAAGGCAUCCUUGCAAGAAGCUGUGUGUGUGUUAUAGGAAAUAAACCAGCUGUUUACAAGGCGUCUUUGCAAGAAGCUGUAUGUGUGUUAUAGGAAAUAAACUAGCUGUUUACGAAGCGUUCUUGCAAGAAGCUGUAUGUGUGUUAUAGGAAAUAAAACAGCUGUUCACAAGGCGUCCUUGCUAGAAGCUGUGUUUGUGUUAUAGGAAAUAAAACAUGUUUACAAGG